GUGCUGUGUUCCCGGCGUCCCCCGCGUCCGAUCCUCGGCUCCCGGGGCCUCCCGAGACAACGCGAGCUCCGCAGAGGGGACCAGCUGCCCUCCUCGCUCCCUAAUCCCUCGCGUUACCUAAAAGUCUCCUGACCUCAUCGCUUUAUUCUCAGACUGUUUCUCCCACGCCUCCUUGUGCACCGGGUUGCGAGUGGGAAAAGAGAUCUUGGCCCACAGAUUCCUUUCUGGGUCUGCGAGGCAGUAAAGGCGUAGUCAGAUGGGGGCUAAGAAAAUGCAUUUGGGUGAAGAUUUAAAGAGCAUUCUUUCAGAAGCACCUGGAAAAUGUGUGCCUUAUGCUGUUAUUGAAGGAGCUGUGCGAUCUGUUAAAGAAACACUCAACAGCCAGUUUGUGGAAAACUGCAAGGGGGUGAUCCAGCGGCUGACACUUCAGGAGCACAAGAUGGUGUGGAAUCGAACAACCCACCUUUGGAAUGACUAUUCAAAGAUCAUUCAUCAGAGGACGAACACGGUGCCCUUUGACCUGGUGCCCCACGAGGAUGGUGUGACUGUGGCCGUGCGAGUGCUGAAGCCCCUGGAUUCAGUGGAUCUUGGUCUAGAGACUGUGUAUGAGAAGUUCCAUCCCUCUGUCCAGUCCUUCACUGAUGUCAUUGGCCACUACAUCAGCGGUGAGCGGCCCAAAGGCAUCCAGGAGACAGAGGAGAUACUGAAGGUUGGGGCCACCCUCACGGGGGUUGGUGAACUAGUCCUGGACAACAACUCUAUCCGCCUACAGCCCCCCAAGCAAGGUAUGCAGUACUACCUGAGCAGCCAGGACUUCGACAGCCUGCUGCAGAGGCAGGAGUCCAGCGUCCGCUUCUGGAAGGUGCUGGUCCUGGUGUUUGGCUUCACCACAUGUGCCACCCUCUUCUUCAUCCUGCGGAAGCAGUACCUUCAGCGGCAGGAGCGCCUGCGCCAGCAGCGGCUCCAGGACGAGUUCCGUGAACACGAGGCCCAGCUACUGAGCCAAGCCUCCCCAGAGGACAGGGAGAGUCUGAAGAGUGCCUGUGUUGUGUGUCUGAGCAGCUUCAAGUCCUGCGUCUUUCUGGAAUGUGGACAUGUCUGCUCCUGCCGCGAGUGUUACCUCACUUUGCCAGAGCCGAAGAGGUGCCCCAUUUGCCGGCGGGAGAUCACGAGGGUGAUUCCCCUGUAUAACAGCUAAGGGUCUCUCAGUCACACUGCAGGCCACUCCCCUUGUCAGGGUUUAUCUUGGGGCCUUUGGUGGGAUGAUUCUACCUCCAGGUACAAUGGAAUGGACACCACCCAGACCAACACAUUUGACAGCAGGGAGCUGUUUCCAACCUGGGCAGGCCCUUUCCAGCUCAGAGCACCUGUGGAGGGGGCUGUGCUGGGAGUUCCCUGCUCAGGAGCCAGAUCAGUGUUUGUGACUCAACCUGGGCAGGCCCUUUCCAGUUCAGAGUGCCUGGGGUGUGGGCUGUGUUAGGGGUUCUCUGCCCAGGAGCCAGGUGAGCGUGUGACUCAGGCAGAUGCACCAAAGACAGGGGUCCCACUCUGUCCUCUGGGGUGGCGACUCCCAGGGCUUCCAAGAGCUGCCUUUGGGGAGAUUGCCUGAGUUUUCAUUUUGCUUCCAUCCAGGAAAAGAGCUUUCAAAAUUGUCAGACUGGGCAGGAGGUCACCCUCAUCCUUUUCCCUCACCCGCCUACCUCCUCAAUGUGUGCAGGGUGUGGAGAAGACAGGAAGUGAGAGCAGCGUGUCUGUCUAGCCCAUGUGGGAGGGACAGGUCUGCAGAAGAACGAGUGGCAUUUCUUGGGGGUUGGCAGCCAGGAGGCCAGGGCAUCAGCAACCUUCACAUUCUGGUGAGGAAAACCAGGGUGGCCUCCUGGCUUUCAUAACUUUUCUGCUUUUCCCAAUGAAAGGUAGCCAGCUGGCACCCCAAACAGCAAGCCAGAGACUGCCCCCCCGUUCCCAGUAGUGUUCCCAUCAGCCUUCUCCCCUCCCCGACCCCCAUUGAACUCCUGAGCACAAAUCUAUCCCUGAGUGGUCAGAAGUCACCCACGCAUCUCUUUCCCUUUGUUGUCCUUGAGCAUUCAUCUCAUCCUCUGUGUGGGGAGAAGGGGUUCUUUUAGGGCCUGACACGAGUACAUUUGGUAUCCAGUGUGAGCAGCACAAAUUAAACAGUUGCACAGUG